UACAAACGUAACAAUCUCAAUCUCUCUCUCUACAAAUGAGUUCCCCCGCCUUGUUUCUAUGAACACAAACGGUUCUCUCUCUCUCCUCUCUCUCUGUGAAUUGAGAGAAAGUGUGGAAGAAUGGGUUCAUGGUGUAACGCAAGCACCACCUUGAUAGUUUCAGUCCCUCUGUUACUUCUCUCUUCCCUCUUUGCAGGCCGCUUCUAUGCUGAUAUCCCCUAUAACCACCCUUCUCAUCCUCCAACUAAUAAUACCUCGCUCUCUUUCUCUCUACACCAUCCCAAUCACAGCAAAACCUUUCUCUCUCUAGACCAUCCCACGUCUUCUAACCUCUCAGAAUCCGGAGGCUCUCCUCUCUCGGUAGAGCAUGGCGUCGCCAUCUUGUCCCCCCUCACUUCUAAUCUCUCAGAAUUGGAACCACCGCCCAUUAAAACCCAUGAAGCAGUUCUCUUUCCUCCUCCCACUAUGAGAGAGAAACAGGGUGGUUUCGAGAGGGUGGAAGCACAAUUGGUGAGAGCUCGGGCUUCCAUUAAAAGGGCGGCUAAAUUCUGCAACGAUUCUUGCUAUGGUGAUGAUCCUUUGGUCCCAAAGGGUGCGGUUUACCGCAAUCCUCAUGCCUUCUAUCAGAGCUAUAUCGACAUGGAGAAGACACUAAAGAUAUGGAUCUACAAGGAAGGUGAGCCACCUCUAGCCCACUAUGGACCACUGAAGUACAUAUACUCCAUAGAGGGCCAAUUCAUCCACGAGUUUGAAAGCAGGAACCAGUUCAUCACCUCGGACCCGGAGAUUGCACACCUGCACUUCAUACCUCUUAGUGUUACCAAGAUGGUCCAAACUCUCUAUCCUCCUAAUGGCUACGGUAGCGGUCCGCUCCACCGGACGGUCUCCGACUAUGUCAAAGUCAUCUCCUGCAAGUAUCCGUUUUGGAACCGAACCAGGGGCGCCGACCACUUCAUCCUAUCUUGCCACGAUUGGGCACCAGAUGCUUUGAAAGGCAACCGGGACCUGCAACACAAUUCAAUCAGGGUUUUUUGCAAUGCAAACACAUCAGAAGGCUUCGACCGUCGCAGGGACGUGUCAAUGCCUGAGAUCCACCUAAAAGGUUGGGAAAUCGAUGACCUGAUCGGAGGCCCCUCCCCAUCUCGUCGCACUGUCCUCGCAUUCUUCGCUGGUGGCGAGCAUGGCUACAUUAGGUCCGUACUCCUAGAGCAUUGGAAGGACAAGGACUCCGAGGUCCGAGUCCAUGAGUACCUCCCUAAGGGCAAAAGUUACUCUAAGCUAAUGAAACAGGCAAAAUUUUGCCUGUGCCCCAGUGGUUGGGAAGUGGCAAGCCCAAGAAUUGUCGAAGCUAUUUACAGUGGUUGUGUUCCGGUAACGAUUUCAGCCAGUUACAUCCUGCCAUUCAGUGACGUGCUAGAUUGGAGCAAGUUCUCAGUAAACAUCCCAGUGUCAAGAAUCCCAGAAAUUAAAACCAUCUUAAAGGGAAUAUCACAGAGGAGGUACUUGCAGUUGCAGAGGAGGGUGUUACAGGUGCAACAUCAUUUCGUGUUGAAUCGUCCGGCCAAAAGGUUCGAUGUCAUACAUAUGAUUUUGCACUCUAUUUGGCUCAGGCGACUCAAUCUCCGGCGCCUACAUUAGUUUUCUUAAUGCAUUGCAGGUGCAAUAUCUCUUGAAUGUGUGACACUAGGGGCCCUGGGCCUAUGCUCAACUGAGCCUAGGGUCG